GUAGAGAAGUCUAUCUUCUCUCCGUCGUUCCCAACACCAAUCGCAUAAUCAAUCAAUUGAACUUCAACAAAGAGAAAGAGAGAGAGAGCGAAACCCUAAUAUCUCUGAUCGUAAAAAAAGAGAGAAAACUAACUUUACUCAAUUCCCUUUGUUUUCUUCUUCCAAUUAGCUCACGAUGGCGUUCCGAAACUGUCGGUGGGAGCUCCUCGCGGCUUCUCUAGCCCUGACUUUAGCUCUGAUUCACCACCCGGUGGAUGCGAACUCGGAAGGAGAUGCCCUUUACGCUCUUCGCAGGAGCUUAUCGGAUCCAGACCAUGUGCUCCAGAGCUGGGAUCCAACUCUUGUUAACCCUUGUACCUGGUUCCAUGUCACCUGUAACCAAGACAGCCGCGUCACUCGUGUGGAUUUGGGUAAUUCAAACCUUUCAGGACAUCUUGCACCUGAGCUUGGGAAGCUCGAGCAUUUACAGUAUUUGGAGCUGUACAAAAACAACAUCAAAGGGACUAUACCUUCUGAACUAGAAAAUCUGAAGAACCUCAUCAGCUUGGAUCUGUACAACAACAAUCUUACUGGGAAAAUCCCUUCUUCUUUGGGGAAAUUGAAGUCUCUGGUCUUUCUACGGCUCAACGACAACCAAUUGACUGGACCAAUCCCUAGAGAACUCACGAAAAUCCCAAGCCUUAAAGUUGUUGAUGUAUCGAACAAUGAUUUGUGUGGAACUAUCCCAACAGAAGGACCUUUCGGACACAUUCCUUUGCAGAACUUUGAGAACAACUCGAGAUUGGAGGGGCCGGAACUAAUCGGUCUUGCUAGCUACGACACCAACUGCAACUGAAACAACUGGCAAAUGACCUGAAAAAAAAAGAAAUGAGGGGGUGACCUUAGAAGAACACUUCACCACUUUAUCAAAAUAUCACAUCUAUUAUGUAACAAGUAUAUAUAUGUAUGUUCGUUGUGUGACACACUGAGAUGUAACAUUUGUUGUAUUGGUAGCAAGUUCUUUACCUUUGUCUGCAUUAACAUUUGUGUGUAUGAUAUGUCAUAUUAAUACGAAAACUAUGGAUUUGUGUGCUUUA